AUAUGUACGGUGCACCGGUGGUGGUGGUGGUGGAGAUGGAGAUGGCGGUAUUUCCGACAAGAUGUUCCAUGCUGUGCGGUCUCUGGUGAGGCGCAGAGGACGGACAGUUCCGAAUUUGCAAUGAGAAAUUGCCUAGCAAGGUUGUGAUUAUGGCCGUAUAGGUAUUAUUAAAAUUCUUACCAAAUUCCUUGACUUUUGAAACGACGGCAAAAUCAGUGGCAGAGGCACAGGCAGCGUACCGGAAUGCACAUUCGCAUUUUCAACCUGUGCGCUAAGACAGUACCAUACAAUUCGCUCGUAGCGAACAGAGCCGCUGUGAGCAGAGAGAAGCGCUGCGCGAGGACAGCGGCUGAGACGAGGGGAUAAAAAGAUACAGGUUACCCUACUUGCCGAGAGACCAUACAGAAGAUAACGGAAGAGACAACUGAGUGACGACAACAGACUAAGAAAGGAGGGCAGACAAGGGACAAGUGAGGGCGUGCAGCAAGACUGUGCUGUUGCGGCAGGACCAGCAGCGCCAGCCUAUGGUCUCCUCCUCGACUCGCCUAGUAGCAACGCACCGUUUUGUUACUGGCACGUUUAGGUGACGAUCAGAACUUGCCCUGGGACGGUUCUAGCUAUACGGAAAUAUCAUGGACACGCACAGAUUAAGUGACGACCCCUCCGCAGAUGGCAGCAGCCACGUUCACAAUCGGCACCCGCAAUCACCGAGUGUCUCGGCUCCCCCUGCGCUAGCACCGUCGACACGCAUACUGGACUGGGUGAUGGCAGCAGAGCAGGCGGAAGUCGAUGGCCGGGGAGGUUCCUACAGAAACCAACGGACUAGUUCAACGGAAAAGGAUCCCUUACCAAUGGAUGAGUACCCACCAGCACCGGAGGGACUAGCUACUGAGGAGAACAAUAGACUGGAUGAGGAUUUCACGAUUACGGAAGCCCUGGAUAUUAUAGGGAUAGGUCCCUUUCAUUAUCGACUGCUGGUCGUCGUAGGAUUAAUAUCGAUAGCGGGUGGUCUGGGCUCAACAGGAUUUGCACUGUUCCCACCAUUGGCAAGAUGUCACCUUAAUCUGAGUUCUGUUGCCGAGGCUAUUCUGACCAGUUCUGGAUUUCUAGGGGCAGCGUGUGGAGGUGUCGGUAUGGGAUAUCUGGCAACCAGAUUUGGACGCAGAACAGAACUGUUGAUAUUGAUCGUGUGGACAAGUUACUUUGGAUUCUUGAGUGCUGUCUCGCCAGACUACUACUGGCUACUGUUCAUGAGGUUCUUGGUGGGGUUUGGACACGGAGGAACUGGACAGAGGCUGUCUAUACUGUUUGAGUACAUGCCGGCACAGUACAGGACGUUAGGAGCGGGAGUGUUGACCUUCUGCUGGAACUGUGGUAACUUCCUGGAGGCCGUCUUCAUCAAGGUGCUCAUACCCACCGGCAGUGCCUGGAGGUACAUACUGGUGUCCGACGCCGCCGUCUUCUUCAUCUGCAUCUUCUUCCAAAGCUGGCUCCCAGAGUCUCCGUUGUUUCUGUUUAACAUUGUCGGUGACCGGAGGAAGGCCAGACAGAAGCUGGAGUAUGCCGCAAAGCUGAACGGUAAAACGCUGCCGGCUGGCCGACUGAUCUCCGCCGAAGAAAGACAGGAAAUGAUUCGGGGUCCACCUCCGUACGAGUCUGACGAUAGUCUAAGUGUGGAGAAACCCAAGACAGAGGAGAAGGUCAACGAGCAAACACCGUUAUCACCACCUUCAGCUAGUGCCAGAGAGAGGGGCAUAAUGAGUCUAUUUAGACCAGCAGCUCUUUUCCGUACAACCAUCUUACUGGCAUUCGCAUGGCUGAUGUUGUCCAUAGCGGUGGUGGGCUGUGCAAUUCUCACUGAGGAAGUCUUACAGGAGCGCCAGUCGCUGAAAGGAAAGUGUACCAACCAUUUCUCAGUGUACCACAAGAAGUCGUGUGAGGAACUCUCGGCCAAGGACUACACGCCUAUUAUGGUGAUAUUUGCAUCAGAGUUUCCCGCGUUGUUUGUGACGUACUUUUCGGCAAACAUUCUCGGCCGCAAGGUUGCAUUGGCACUGGCAUUCGUCUUGUCUGGGGUAUUCUUCGCACUGCUUCUCAUCUGUCCAAUUGCAGAAGCUUGGACAACGUUCUUCUUGGCCGGUUCACGUAUGAUGGUGACCACGUGCUUCAGUCUCAUGAUCAUCUACACCCCGGAAGUCUAUCCGACGUAUGCACGUGGCAUGGCCGUGGGUUUGUCCAGGGCCGUGUACAGAGUGGGUAGUGCAGGUGUGCCCUUUCUUUCACAGGUAUUGCUGAGGGAGUCUAGUUAUGCCAGCAAGUCAGUACACGCCGGUGCCUGCAUCAUAACCGGAUUUAUGCUACUACUGCUGCCCAUUGAAACCAGGAAUAGGGACCUGGAUGACUGAAUAUUCACGUCUGAACGCUAGAAACCACACACGCACGCACGCACGCACGCAUGCACGCACACACGCACACUGCCACUGCUACCUUGCUCAGAGGGUGCUAGCGCUCUGGCUUACGGAUUGGUGGAAUCCAGGAUAUGCAGUGGUCGCAUCAAGGUUGUGUCUGCAAACGUGUUUGAACAAGACCAAGUCAUGCAAGCUGCCUGGAUAAGAUCAAUGGCAGAGCGCAGCACCAUUGAUCGUACGGUAUUCUCUACGCAUCCGAUUCAGCGUGACAGGUCACAGCUAGUGUUUGAGUUGCCAGAGUAAAGAGUAAGUAAACUUGUUCCACUCGUUGCGUUCAGCAGCAUUUCUCAAGCGUCAAACCUUGCGCUAGCCCUAAUAUCUAUGAUCAGAAUAGAAGUGCAGUGUACUAGCAACCGCUGUAGCAGCACCAGCAUGAAUAGCACCAGCAUGAAUAGCAGCAGCAUGAAUAGCACCAGCAUGAAGAGCAUCAGCACCUGAAGUAACACCACCAACAGCAGCACCUUGACUAGCACUAAUAUAAUUAUAUGAUUAGAAUAGAAGUACGGCGUAGAAGCAACAGCUGUUGCAGCACCAACACUAACACCAAUACCUAUAAUCAUAAUUGAAGUAGUAGUUACAUCAGCAUUACAUCAGCAUCAGCAGGAUGAACAGUUUCAGCAUCAGCAGGAUGAACAGUAUCAGCAAGCACUAGUUACAUUUGUACCAGUGUUUGUAAUGGGGUUGGCUGACAUGUCAUCGCGACGGUAUUCUCUAACGGCGGGUUAGUGACUGUGAACUCCGCCAUAAUGGCUGCGUGUGGCUGUAACGUGGCUGAGUGUUCAGUGAUGGUUUGAAACAGUUCACUGUGGGUGUAUAACUAUAGCUAGACUGGCUGGUCCGUUCGAGCUACACAACAUGUCUACCUGUGAACGCUGCUACAUCAGCAAGUUUGGUACGUAGGCAGUCGCAGUACUCGAGUUGUAGGCGUGUAGCACAGUGGUGAUGUCAUUGUUGAUGUCAUGUUCCCACCGCUGAAUACUGCUGAUGCCAUUGUCCCAAUGAUGAUGUCAGGUUCUCACUGCUGAUGCCAUGGUCCCAGUGAUGAUGUCAUUGUUGAUGCCAUGGUCCCAGCGAUGAUGUCAUUGGUGAUGUCCUGUUCCCAGUGAUGAUGUCAUUGGUGAUGUCCUGUUCCCAGUGAUGAUCACUGUCAUAGGUCCCGAUGACGAUGGCAUGUAUAUAGCGGUGACAUCAUGUUCCCAAUAGGUGACAUCAUGCAACGAUAGUUGUUCUGCAUGACUCUUACCCAAGUAAGAUAAGAAUUUGACAAUGGAAUUUUCUCAUUACUAAGGGGUUUCUGCACCGCACUAUGUGCAUACCGACGUUCCAUGUGCGCUGAAGCGUACGCACGCCUCCAAGCCUAAAUCAUUUCAAUGACUACGCCUCCAUGCCUAAUUUAUUCCUGUGAUUACGUACAGGCAUGCCAAAGGUAUUCCUGUGAUUGCCUACACGGGCGGCAUGCCUGUUAUUCCUGUGAUUAUGUACAGAGCAAUUGCUCUUGCAGCAUCAUUGCCAUCCACACCUGGAAUACUCUCUCCCGACUCCCGUUGUUAGUAGUACUACUAGUAUGCUAUCCAUAUAGUGUGCUACCCGUCCAUGAUUUGUUACCGCCAUUCUAAAUGGAUAUCUCCCCCCCCCCCCCCCCUCGCACAGACACGCGAACGCACGCACGCACACACACCCUGCACUGGUUGCUAUUUUCGCUUUUUUUCAUCACUGGAAUAUCUGCUUCUUUUUCAGCCAUCUUCAUGUGUAGCCGUGUUCAAUUCCCCUCAGCCAUGCUCAAUGUUCCCUCAGCAAUGCUCAAUCCCCCCCCCCCUUUGUUACCCCCUUUUUUGUUGCAGGUGCGAACCCGUCUGGGUGUGAGAGUGAGAAUAGGUCACGGUCUCUGAUUGGCCAAGACUGGUUGACCAAUCACAG